AAGUCUGAGCUCUCCUGAGUUUUCCUCUAGUUCUGGUUGUUGGUCUGGUGAUAAUGAUUCACAAUCUGCACCGCUGGAGUCCCGCAACCAAUCCUGGUGAACACUAGUACUAUUACCAUUAUCUUCAUUAUCAAAGUCGGCUUCAGCUGAUGAACUACAAAUUAAAUCAAUUAAAUACAAAAAUCAUUCUUCAUCCUAGAAUUGAUUUUCAUGAACAAUGCAAAUGAAAUAAGUACAUGUCAUACACAUGCAGAUCGUUUACAAUUGGAACGAUUCAUAAUAGUGUUGGGUUUGCGCCUAAACUUAAACUUUUUGUAGUUCAGCAAUGCUUGGUAUAAACUCAAUUAAGAAGAUUUAAGGCAAAAAUUCGCUUGUUUAAGGUGAUGGUCGAUUGACAGAAUUAAAGUAAAUCCCAAGGUGAUUUCGGUUUCUCCGUGUGGGAUUGAUCAGAAAGCUUCCAAGAGGUCACGGAUUUACUUACUAACAAGAACAUAGUGCUGUUAAUCGUUUUCUUGUUACUCUGUUCUGUGUUACUGCGUUGCUCUGUUUAGAAACACCCACAUCAUAAAGUGAAGCUCAAGUAAAGGCCUCUGCAGCCACUUGUUGAUCUUUUACCGAGGAAAAACUAAAACGCUUACCAAUCUAGAUUAAGAACGGGUUCGGCGAGUUCUAAGGAAUUUUGCCAGUGCCAAUGUUUGUACUCCACCGAAGACGAAACAGGUUUCCCAUCAAAGUAAAUACACGGGCAAUGAACGUGAGCGUAGGAAAGGUCGCUGCACUGACAUCUGACGAUUUCCCUUCAACUCCAGCUUCUUUUCAUGGUACAAAGCAAUAAGAAUAUCCAAAAACUAAGUAAUGAAACACUUCAUCACUAUUCCAUACUUACUAAACUGGUAAAGGCAUGCUUUGACCUUCCUACUUCAAGAGAUUAAGGACUGGGGCAAGUCACGAGUUAGUCCAGAUUUAGACACAGUAACCAUCAAUGCCUUUCGGGCACUCUACUUAUUUCCACUGUAUUUCUCUUCGCGCCUUUUCACUUUCCCGCCGCCUACGGAUGCUUUCAUGCUAGAAUAUUGCCGUAACCUAAUAACAUGGAGGAAGCUUCAAGGCAAUUAACAGAGUGGACAGUGGAUGAGGUCUCCAAACGAGUUCGGGAGAAGUUUAACGACAAUGUAGCUAAAAAGUUCGAAGAACAGAAAAUUGAUGGCAAUGCACUCAAACUUUUGGCGAGAGAAGGGAACACAACGCAGUAUGCUGCAUGCGGAUUGACUACAGUCGGUGAUCAGAUGCACCUGAAAGAAAUGAUAUCAGGGUUAACUUUACCUCUGGUACCGGUGUUGAGCAGGCAUCGUAUAAAGCCCACAAUUACAGAAAUCAAAACAUUGGCAGAAUUAAAUCAAAGAAUUUAUAAAGCAAAGUAAGUAAACUAUAUAUUGUAAUAUAUUU